GAUCGCCGCCACUUCCGGCUCGGCGUGUCCCGGUGCGGCCAGCAUGUCCCGACAUAUGCUGGGCAAGACAAAGAACCUCUCAUAGUUCCAUACCAUCAAGGAGAGGAGGACGAGCCAUCGACUCUCCUGAGACUCAGUAGACUUGGGAGUUUAGAUCACAACAGUUUGGUUUCCAGAAUGUUUUAUGAAGACACGGAGGAGAGUGAUGUAUAUGAAGAUGAACUUUACCGAGAGGAUUCAUCCUCGGAGCCAAGCAUUGACAGCGAGGUGGAAUUUCAUCUCUACAGCCAGGUCCACUAUUCCCAAAACCUUGCUGAAAUCAGCUCACUGGAGGUGUCUGAAGAAGCAGAAGAUGUUGCGGAAUUCACAGACCAGGGUCCAGGUCUAACUGUGGCACCGCUUGAAGACCAGAAUAUUGUUGAACUGCACGAUUCUGAUGGCGAGAUUUCGGACGACCCUGAGAUCAUUGUCUUGUCCGAUACACCAGAGGAAGACAGUGUUUACAAAAGCAAGGCACGAAAAUCAACAAGCCCUUUAGCUGAAGGUAGAAUGCAUACCUGUGGAUCUUCCAUAGCAAAUCGUGCCAAAGCCACCGAGCGUAAUGCUCUGCAUACUGCAGGAUCAGGCGCAGAAGUUUCAAGGCAAGGUCCUAGUGGGAAUUUUCCCUCCGCUGGUUCUGGACCUCUCACCGCCCAAGAGGUGAUGGUAAUAGAUGAUAGCUCAAAUGAUGAGGAGGAGAGCGUGCUAUCCGAAAGCGAUAAUGUUGAGAGCUGGAUGCUUUUGGGAUGCAGUGCAGAUGACAAAGACAAAGACAUAAUGUUGAACCUUGAAGGCUGUGGAACUCCCGUUGGGGAAGGAGGCACUGAUGUGGACUGGUCCAUCAGUAAUAAAGACCUAGAGGCACAGAUCUGUAACUACGCGAGCGUGAGGCGCACGAGUGUUCGCUACUACACAGCCGACAAGAACGUUACCUGCAGAAACUGUGGGAGACCAGGGCAUUUGUCCAAAAACUGUCCUGUUCCAAAGAAAACUCCCCCUUGUUGCCUGUGUGCAGAAAGAGGUCAUCUACAGAACACUUGUCCAGCUCGGUUUUGUUUGAACUGCUGUUUGCCUGGCCACUAUUUUAGGGAAUGUCUUGAGAGAUCCUACUGGAAUAAGCACUGCAAUCGCUGUGAUAUGAAGGGGCAUUAUGCUGACGCUUGCCCAGAAAUAUGGAGGCAGUAUCACCUAACAACAAACCCUGGACCAAUCAAGGCAGCCAGUUCCCACUCUGAGCACUCUGCUGCCGUGUACUGCUACAACUGCUCCCGGAAAGGACAUUUUGGAUAUGAGUGCUCAGAGAAGCGCAUGCGUGGAAGCAUGUUCCCUGCUUCUCCAUUCAUCCACUACUACGACGAUGAAUGUGACCUCAAGAGGAGAGCAAACAGGUUAAAAAGAAAGAUCGCAGAACUGCAAGAAGCUGGCCUUCUGCCAUUACAGCCAGAGACACCAUGGCAGGAAGAAAAACAUGGAGGGCACAGCUGCAAGAAAAAGCCUUGGGACGAGCACAGUAAACGUAACAGAGAUGAGCAUCGCAAGAAGAAGAAGUCGUCAUCCCAGGCAGACAAACAGAGAGCAAAAAGACACAGAAGUGAUGUUGAAAGGGGCCACGAGAUGGAGGACGACUUCCCUAGAGGGUAUCAUAAGCAGACAUCCAGGGGCAGCAAAAAACAUCACAAGUCUGUUCUCCAGGCACAUGGCAGCAAGAAGGAGUAUGGCCAGCAACUUCUGGAAGCUGCUAAAAGGAAGAAGAAAAGGAAAAAACAGAGGGAUGCUAGUCCUGAUAUCAAUGAGAAUUUAUUCCUUAUAAAACAGAGGAGGAAAAAGUCUAAACAGAAAUCCUCCUGCUGGUGAGGAGGUAGAUGGGAAGCACUGACAGUUGCUGGCCCUGAUUCUGCCUGUUCUUUGUUUUUGUCACUCCUUACACACUGAAUUUGAGUAUGUCCCUGAGUCUGGGUGGACAUGCCCAGGCCCCAGUCACACAAGAAGCAUCCUUCUCUACUUGCAAAAGAGAUGCUUUGUCUGUUGUGCGCUGUUCACUUGGCAGGGAGCAUUUAGUAUUUGUGUCUGGAAUUACUGUACUUUUUCAGCAGUCCUUGUGUAAGUUUGCUGCCUUUGCUUGUCAUGUGAGGGGCUGGGCUGGGGAAGGCCCUUGCUGCUUUGGGUAGGAUUUGUUUCUUUGCUGGUGAGAUGUAGCUCUGAUAGCAGGAUCUUGGCACGGCACUCGUGUUGACACUGAAGGGAAGCUUUUGCAUGAGCAGGAGCUGGGUCCGUGUGUGGAGAUGUGCGUGUUCCCAUCAGCUGCUCUCCAGGGCGCAUCCUGUCCCUUCGAGAAGGUGCUGUGAAGGUGUUGCGUUAAGCUUUGGGAAGUGAUGGUCUCCAGCCUUGCUCUGCAAUGUAGGUCCACCACCAUCAGUGCCACAGCUCUGGGUGCCAAGCGUGGGCAAGCUCUGACUGACCACAUUCCACCUCUUUGCUGACUGGCUAGAACAGCAGGAGAAAGCAGCUAAGAAAAUACAGCAGAGUUUACAUCUCAUGUUAGUUAUGUCACUGUUCCCCCUGGUGUGGGAGUUGUGUCUGCAGAAAUGGUAGAGCAUGAAAAGUGUGUUUGAUUCCAGACACGAUGCGCUAAAAUUUAAUAAUUAAAGUUAUUUGUAAGACAGUUAUUUUUGUACUGUAGAAUUGGACGUUUAUGUUGUUUAAAGUUUUGUAACAACAAAUGCUUGACCAAAUGAAUAAUUCAAAUAAAAAUUUACAUGGGGGAUAUCCAUAA